AUGUCUUCACAAAAGAGUAACAAGAGUUCGCACCAUGAGGCUGACUCCAAAAUGGAGCAAGAUGCCAAUAGAAAAGCAUGGAUUUUUCAACCGAGUGGUCUUAAUUUCGUUUGGGGAGGUGACUCAAGAUAUUGGGUUAUCCCUAAAGAACCAAGGUACCUCCCGGUUCAUAACGGGAUGCCUGCUGAGCUGAAGAUGGUGAGUUGGUUAGAAGUGACCGGUUCGUUCGAGAAGAUUGAACCCGGGAAAACAUACCAAAUCGGUUUCAAAAUCUCGUUUAAACCGGACGCAGCCGGUUGGGACAAAGCCCCAGUUUUCAUGUCUGCUAAAAUCGGAAAGAAAGGCAAGCCAGUUUGGAAAAGAAUCAAAUCCGUUAAUCAGAACUUUGGUAAACCGAAAAGCGGAUCAGAAAAACCGGUCACAAUACCUGACGAAUCUGAUGGCUCGUUCCAAAUCUCGGUUAGCCACGAACCGCUUAACCAAGAAGACACCAAGCUUCAGUUCGGUCUGUAUGAAGUGUGGACGGGACGAUGGAAGACCGGUCUCUUGAUCCAUGAAGCCUUUGUUCAAGAAGUGUAA